AUGAAUAUAUUUUUUAUCUUUCUUUUAUUUUUAAUUUUAAAUUUCAUUGUUCUUGUAAAGUCGUUAACCGAGAAUUUACGGGUAUCUCGAUAUAGCAAACCAGGAGUUUCAACAAUAAUAUUGAAAGGAGGUUACAUUAAUAGACAAUUUAUUGGGGAAAUAAGCAUUGGUAAUCCUCCUCAGCCGUUUAAGGUUUUGUUUGACACUGGUAGUACAAAUUUAUGGAUUCCUUCAAAAAAUUGUUACGCAAAAGCUUGUUAUAAUAAAAAAAAGUAUGACCAUAAUAUAUCUAAAAAUUAUAGAAUAUCCUCCCAAAAGAAUCCGGUGAAUAUUUUUUUUGGAACGGGCAAAGUGCAAAUUGCAUAUGCUACCGAUGAUAUACACCUAGGAAGUAUUAAAGUGAGAAAUCAGGAGUUUGGAAUAGCAAAUUAUAUGUCCGAUGACCCUUUUUCUGAUAUGCAAUUUGAUGGACUAUUUGGAUUAGGCAUUUCAGAGGAUAUAAAAAGAAAAGAACUAAUAUACGACAAUAUACCAAAGAAUAGUUCUCAAAAAAAUAUUUUCUCUAUUUACUAUCCUAAAAGCGUUGAUGAUAAUGGGGCAAUUACAUUUGGUGGAUAUGACAAAAAAUAUAUUGCGCCGAACUCGAAUAUAGAUUGGUUUGAUGUGUCGUCUAAAAAGUAUUGGACCAUAAAAAUGACAGGGAUAAAAGUUAAUGGCUUAUUUUUGGAAGUAUGCUCAGGGAAUAUAGGAGGAUAUUGCGAUGCUGUAAUUGAUACAGGAACAUCUAGUAUUGCAGGGCCAAAAAAGGACCUAAUAUUAUUAACUAAAUUAUUAAAUCCUGUAAAGUCGUGCCAAAAUAAAGCACUAUUAAAAAACUUUUCUUUCGUUUUUUUGGACGAAAACGGUGUAGAGAAAGAAUAUGAAUUAACAUCAAACGAUUACAUUGUUAAUUCGUUUAAAGUUGACCCAAUUUUAAAAACCCCAUGCAAUUUUGCAUUUAUGCCAAUUAAUAUAUCAUCGUCUAAUGGAUAUUUAUAUAUUCUUGGACAAAUAUUUUUACAAAAAUAUUAUGCAAUAUUUGAAAAGGACAAUAUGAGAAUCGGUAUAAAUGCACCUUAA